CCGCCGCAGGUGUUCAGCCGCGAGCCCUCGCACGAGGACUUCUGCCUGGCGCACCUCUUCACCGACAUCCGGUUCGACGGCGGUAUCCUGGGGCUGGCGUACGUCGGCUCGCCGCGGCGCAACUCGGUCGGCGGCAUCUGCACGCCCGAAUACUUUAAGAACGGCUUUACGCUGUACCUGAACUCGGGCCUGAGCUCGUCGCGGAACCAUUACGGCCAGCGGGUCAUCACCCGCGAGGCUGACCUGGUGACGGCCCACGAGUUCGGCCACAACUGGGGCAGUGAACAUGACCCGGACCUGCCCGAGUGCUCGCCCAGCGCCAACAAGGGCGGCUCCUACCUCAUGUACACAUACUCCGUGUCCGGCUACGACCUCAACAACAAGCGCUUCUCGCCGUGCUCUCUGCGCUCCAUCCGCGCCGUGCUGGUGGCCAAGUCCUCCCGCUGCUUCACCGAGCCGGAGGAGUCGUUCUGCGGCAACCUGCGCGUCGAGGGCGACGAGGAGUGCGACGCCGGCCUGGUGGGCUCCGAGGACGAGGACGCGUGCUGCGACAAAAACUGCCAGCUGCGCCGCAAGCGUGGCGCCGUCUGCAGCGACAAGAACUCGCCCUGCUAGCGCUGUCAGUACCUACAGAUGGGCGUCAAGUGCCGGGACGCCAGCCUGCACACGUGCGAGAUGGAGGCCAAGUGCAACGGCGCGUCGGCCGAGUGUCCGCCGUCGGCGCCGAUGGGCGACGACACCGAGUGCCAGGAGCACGGCGGCCGCUGCCGCGCCGGCAAGUGCGUGGCCUUCUGCGAACUGCAGGACCAGCACAGCUGCAUGUGCGACGUCGAGGAGGACGCGUGCAACCUCUGCUGCCGCCGCUCGCUCAACGACACGUGCACGGCCCAGGAGCCGGUGCGCAUGCUGUCCGGCGGCACGCCGUGCAUGCACGGCUUCUGCACCAACACGGGUGUUUGCGAGAAAACUGUACAGGACGUGGUGGAGCGAUUCUGGGAUAUCAUCGAAGACAUCAACAUCAAUAAGGUACUGCGCUUCCUUCGCGACAACAUCGUGGGCACCGUGCUGGUGAUCAGCAUCAUCAUCUGGGUGCCGGCCUCCUGCAUCUUCAGCUAUGUGGACGCCAAGCGACGGCGCGCCGAGGAGCAGGAGCUGGAGUGGCAGCGGCGCGAUCAGCUGAUCCGGCCGGGCGAGAGGCGCGUCGUCUACACGCGCCGCCGGCUGGCCGAGCGCGAGCGCGAGUACGGCGCCACGAGGCGCUGA